AAAGAUGGCGUCGGUGUCAGAACUCUACGAUGUGGGUUGGGAAGAGAUGAGAGACAAGCUGCGCAAAUGGAGAGAAGACAACUGCAGGAAUAGUGAACAAAUAGUGGAUGUUGGCGAGGAACUCAUCAGUGAUCAUGCAUCAAAACUGGGAGAUGACAUAUGGAUUAUUUAUGAGCAGGUGAUGAUCGCAGCGCUGGACUGCAGUCGGGAUGAUUUGGCUCUGACCUGUCUGCAGGAACUGAGGAAGCAGUUUCCAGAUAGCCACAGAGUGAAGCGAUUAUCGGGCAUGAGGCUGGAAGCUUUGGAAAGAUACGACGAGGCCAACAAGCACUAUGAUUCCAUUCUUCAAGAUGACCCCACCAACACGGCAGCAAGGAAGCGUAAGAUCUCCAUAUUGAAGGCCCAGGGGAAGAGCGCCGAAGCCAUCCGGGAGCUCAACGAGUAUCUGGAACAGUUUGUUGGGGACCAAGAAGCGUGGCACGAGUUAUCAGAGCUCUACAUUAAUGAACAUGACUACGGAAAAGCUGCGUUUUGUCUGGAGGAGCUGAUGAUGAGCAAUCCUCACAAUCACUUGUACUGUGAGCAGUACGCUGAGGUGAAGUACACUCAGGGGGGACUGGAAAACCUGGACCUGUCCAGAAAGUAUUUUGCCCAGGCGCUGAGGCUGAACAACCGAAACAUGAGGGCAUUGUUUGGUCUGUACAUGUCUGCAAGUCACAUCGCUGCCAGUCCUAAAGUUAGUGCCAAGGUGAAGAAGGACAAUAUGAAGUACGCUGCCUGGGCUGGCACUCAAAUAAAUAGAGCCUACAAGCUGGCUGGUCGCGGGACUAAGGAGAACAAAUGCUCCAUGAAGGCAGUGGAGGAGAUGUUGGAGUCCAUGCAGAUCACCAUGUCCUAGGAGCCGGCGCCCAUCUUUGUCCUUUCUGUUCAGUUGGAGCAACAUGGCAGCUCAAAUAGUCUUGCAAUGUGACCAGAACCAGAUAUUUUACUGUUUCUUUCUUUUUUGGAUUUGUAAUUGAGUAAACUUGACAUGCUCAAUGGAAGACCUUCCUUUUCCAUCCAGCUGGUACCUACAACUGCAACAAGUAGUAAAUAGUAUGAACCCUGUGAUCUUCCUCAGACUGGACUAACCUUUUCCCAUCCCUUUCUGUCUUUUUAGUUUCACCUUGAACUGAUAUCACUAAUUACCACAUCAUAGCUAUAGCCAUGUGACCAGUAAAAAUAACAAGCUGUACAGUAACUGCUAUUUAUAAUAACCGUAUGGAGAUCUCACCUGUUCACACUGAAGUGCUUUAUGGUCUCUGUUGUGUCUGUAAAUUACACAUCUUAACUAAAUAAACAAUGUUUUUCCUUUUGUCAAA